AUGAUUUUCACUUCUCAUAAAUUAAACUCUGCAAUUUUCUCCUUCAUUCCUUCACGACCUUUAUCUUUUCAGCUGUGUUCGUCUCAAAUUCAUCACAUGGAAGUUAGGAAAGCUUGUGUCUUAUUUAUGAGGCAACACCAGCAUAAGUUUGAAUCUUAUGUGGAAGGAUCAUUUGAGAAAUACCUUGAACGACUAGGAGAUCCAAAGGAAAGUGCUGGCCAGCUGGAAAUGAGUGCUUUAUCAGUGAUGUACAAGCGAGACUUUAUUCUGUACCGGUACCCUGGAAAGCCACCCACUUACGCUACAGACAAUGGCUUUGAAGACAAGAUUUUACUGUGUUGUUCCAGCAACGGCCAUUAUGACUCUGUGUAUACAAAACAGUUCCAGGAAAAUGCUGCUAUUUGCCAGGCUGUAUUAUAUGAGAUCCUGUACAAAGAUGUGUUUGGCAUGGACGAGGAAGAAUUAAGGUCUGCAGUUGAGGUGUUUCGAAGUGGAUCCAAGAAGAACAGAAACAGUGGCUCUGUAGGAAGUGAGGAUACAAACUUUGAUUGUCUUCAUGAAAAAGUAUCCAGAAAUCCACCAGAAAAGAGAGUGGACAACUGGGAAGGCAAUGGUACUGACAAUCCACAGGAAGAUAAGUUCAAACAAGACAUUGAAGAAGAAAAGCCUCCAGAAAAUCCAUCAAAGAUGCCUGUUCCUUAUAAAGUGCUAAAGGCACUGGACCCUGAGAUAUAUCGAAAUGUGGAGUUUGAUGUUUGGCUGGACAGCAGAAAAGAGCUUCAAAAAACUGACUACAUGGUGUUUGCUGGGAGACAGUACUAUUUAGGAGACAAGUGUCAGGUACGUCUGGAGCCUGGAGGUAAGUAUUACAAUGCUCAUAUCCAGGAGGUUGGACAGGAUGGCAACACGUUGACUGUAUUCGUUGAGGAGCUGGCAGAAAAGCAUACAGUUUCUCUGGCAAACUUAAAACCAGUGACGCAAGUGGCGCCUGUCCUUGCUUGGAAUAUGGUUCCCAGCCGAAAAGGAGGAACCUAUCAGAAAAUAACAGGUGGAUACUUCUCAGGAAUAGAAAUGGAUGUGAAAACACGGAAGAGAAUGCUUAAGAAAGUUCGAGGAAAGGAAGUGUUUAUGACUGUGGCUUAUAGCAGGGGUCAGCCAGUUCUCCCACCCCGGCUACAGCACAGUGUUCCUUCGGGGCGCUCUCCUGCAGUUCACUGCUCACAGGGUGGUGGAAACAUGGCACCUUAUGAACCGUAUCAUCCUCAGAAUCCUCCUCAGAGACACAACCGUGGAUUUGGGAUGCCAAGCUCAUAUAGCCGUAGCCGCCGCCAGAUGCAGUGUGUCAAUAAGGAAUGUCAGUAUGGGUUUGUACCAGAGAAUGGAGAGGAGCCUCAAGGACCAGAAGAAACCAUAACUUUCUAUGAAAUUGAAGGCGAGGACGAUGCUGCUUUUCCUACUUUACCAGUAAGUUACGAACAAGGGAGCCAGGGUAGCCCUGCUCCCAUUGUCCAUGGUCCAGCAGGAUUUUGGGUAGGAAGGAGAGGCCCAAACUCUAUUCCACCUAACAAGCAGACCCUGAAUUCCUCAGAGGAGGAGGAAGAAACAAGUGAAAAUGGGAAAUUUCAUGAAGAAUAUAUAUACACACCUCCAGAUCCUGACUGUGAAACUGCAACAGUAUUUAGUUCAGCAGAACCUACAGCAAACUUGGUGUUGGUGAACUCUGCAGCCAUCUCAACCUCAACAGGUGUUUAUGCUCCUCCAGCUACAGGCUUCUCCUCAAAUUCAGCUGCCUCCACUCCAGCCAGUGUCCCCACAGCAGUUCCCCCACAAACAGCAGUUCAGCCAGUCAUAGUAUCUCCCCUCUCUAUAGGGAGGCCAGCAGUUUCUUCAGUGCCAUUCCCAAUUUAUUCAGCUCCUCCUCCUCCAGUCAGCGAGGUGGGAGAAGCUGGUACAGUGCUUCCACCUUACUCCUGUGACCCCAGUGGCAGUGAUCUGCCUCGAGAUACAAAGGUCUUGCGGUAUUAUUUUAAUCUGGGAUUGCAAUACUGUCAUCAGAGUUAUUGGCCUUCCAUGGUGUAUGUACAGCCAGUGCUGCCACCAUCACCUGUCGAGGUUUAUCCAGCAUACGUUGAGCCAGCUCCUGUCCUAGAUCAGUCAGUACCUCAGCUCUACACUGAUGCUGGGCGAACUGAAGUCCACCAGGUUCCCUUGGAAGCACCUGCAAACGGUAACUUUCAAAAUGCAGAGCCUCCACCACUGUCCUACGGGCCAGUAUAUUACCCAGUCGUGUCAGACCCCUUCAGCCAGCAAUCUCUUCCUGGGUUUGAUUCUUUAGUACCUGCCUAUCGCUAUAUUAGUACCUGGCAUCCAGUAAAUGCACCGUAUGGAAAUUCUUCACAAAUUGCUAACGCUGUAAGCUCUGCACCACUGCACCAGGUCAGCUAUAUUGCCUCACCUAACCCUGCACCUCAUGAUGUGCCUCAAGGAAUGUGA